AUGCUACGCUACAAAUGUCAGCUGCGCAACAAGGUGUCGAUUUUCACUCACUCUACAGACUCAGGUAUUCUCCACAGAGGUCACUUCUGCUUCCUCCAGAGGGGCCCCAUCUCAGACCCCAGCAGUGGUCCUGCUUACGUCACCAAUCUCGACUGUCAGCUUCUCGAGUCCUUCGACCCAUUGGCAGGGUUCAAAGUCUCCUACCUGCAUAGGAAAAUUAAAAACAAGCCAUCUCUGUGGAUAAAUGACCCUGUUCAACUGAAGACUUAUGCUUCAAAUGCAGGUCAAGGAGAGACACAGAGGACAAUGGCUGCCAGCAAGACUUUGAAACCCUGCUCUGACACCCCUCCAAAUCUUGUGGGUCCAAUCCAUGUGGACUUUAAUUCUGCACGAACUUUGGAUGAGGUGAGAGAGGAAUCCGGUUCUCCACUUCAGGAAGGAGGAUGGUACAAACCACCCGACUGCAUUGCAAAACAGAAGGUGGCGAUCAUCAUCCCAUUCCGGAAUCGACAUGAGCACCUUAAGCACUGGCUGUAUUACCUCCAUCCUAUAUUGAUGCGUCAGCAGUUGAACUACAGAGUGUAUGUCAUCAACCAGGAUGGAGAUGGAGUCUUCAACCGGGCUAAACUGAUGAACGUAGGCUGCUUUGAAGCACUGAAGGAAUAUGAUUUUGAUUGUUUUGUCUUCUCUGACAUAGAUCUAGUUCCUAUGGAUGACCGUAACCUCUAUAGAUGUUUUAACAAUCCCAGACACUUGUCUGUAGCUGUCGAUAAAUUUAACUUCAAGUUACCCUAUGAGGAGAUAUUUGGUGGGGUUAUUUCGUUGUCCAAGAAGCAAUACUUGAAAAUGAAUGGUUUCCCAAACACUUUCUGGGGCUGGGGUGGCGAGGAUGACGAUAUUUAUCAGCGAAUAAUGAACCAUGGAAUGUCCAUUUCUCGACCUGACAUGGUGACAGGAAAGUACAAGAUGAUCAAACAUAAGAGAGACGUGCAAAAUCAUUGUAAUCCAAGGAAUGUUGCCAAACUGAAACAAACCAAGAAUACAAUGGAUAAAGAUGGGAUUAAUUCCUUAAAAUACACAGUCAAGGAGACUGUGAAAGAUAAACUGUACACUUAUAUCAACGUGAAUAUUGGGCUCCACCUCUUUUGA